AUGCAAGUGUUGAAUCUUAGAAGAGAGUUUGAAGUCUUAAAAAUGAAGGAGUCUGAAAAUUUAAAGGAGUACAAUGACAGACUCAUGAAGAUAGUAAACAAGAUUAGAUUACUUGGUGAGGAGCUGUCAGACAAAAGAAUUGUAGAGAAGGUUCUUGUCAACUUACCAGAGAGGUUUGAGUCAAAAAUCUCAUCCCUUGAAAACUCAAAGGACCUGAUCAAGAUAACUCCAGCAGAAUUGUUCAAUGCUUUACAAGUUCGAGAGCAAAGAAGGGCUAUCAGACAAGAGGAUUCAACAAAAGGUGCUUUUACAGCUAAGGAGAAAGGUAAGAUGCAAACAGAAAGUAAAGGCAAAAAAAACAAGGAGAUCAAAGAAACAAAGAUUCUAGAAACAAUGAAAAGAAAAAAAAAUUCCCACCUUGCUCUCACUGCAAAAAAACCACUCACUUGGAGAAAUAUUGUUGGUACAGACCGGACAUACAAUGUAGGUACUGUAAGCAACUUGGUCACAUGGAGAAGAACCUCUUCAAGUGCAUGGCUCAUUGAUAGUGGCUGCACACACCAUAUGGCAUCUGAUAUCAACAUGUUCAAAGAAUUAGACAAGAUCUGCACCUCUAAAGUUAGAAUAGAUAAUGGUGAUUUUAUAGAAGUCAAAUGA